GCGGGGCAAAGCCCUCCAAAGUCAUGUGACCCGAGCCGAAGCAGGGCCCGAGAUGGUGGCGUCCAAGCGGGCGAUCCCGAGGCUGGUGGUCGCCUUGCGAUCCCUCAGCUCAUCAGCAGCUGGUUCGCUUCCUAAACAUGUGAAAAUAGUUGAAGUCGGACCAAGGGAUGGGCUGCAGAAUGAAAAGAACCUCGUCCCCACCCAGGUGAAGAUCGACUUAAUUAACAUGCUCUCAGAAACGGGUCUUUCCGUCAUAGAAGCAACGAGUUUUGUGUCAGCAAAAUGGGUCCCGCAGAUGGCUGACCACACUGAAGUCAUGCAAAGCAUCCGGAAGGUCCCCGGUAUCAGCUAUCCUGUUCUGACCCCCAACCUUAAGGGUUUUCAAGCAGCGGUGGCGGCAGGAGCCCGGGAGGUCUCGAUCUUUGGGGCGGCUUCAGAGCUUUUCACAAAGAAAAACAUCAACUGCUCCAUAGAGGAAAGUCUGGAAAGGUUUCGCGAUGUUCUGAGCGCAGCGAAAGAAGCCAGCAUCCCAGUCCGAGGGUGA